CUUCAAAUAACAACUGUUUAGUUCUAAACAAAUUCAGGUGUCUCUGUAUCUGGAGAUAAAUUGAAUUCUCUUUGUAUUCCCUAAUCCCAACCCAAACACACACAGAAAUGGCUCUGACAGCAGCCACCGCCGGCGGCAACAGGGGUGGCUCAGCCCUCCCCAAUUCGUGCCUUCAAGCCCCAAAGCCUGCACCUUUACAGAAACCCAUCUUCUUCUCUUCCUUUCCCAAAAUAACAAUCCCGUCAAACUCCAAAAUCAAACCCAUCUCAGCCGUUCAAUCUCCACCCUCAACAACAGCAAAAACUGCUCAAAACCCAGAAGGAAAAUGGAGUCUCGAAAGCUGGAAAUCGAAGCCGGCUUCUCAGCUCCCUGAAUACCCUGAUAAGGUAAAGCUGGAAUCAGUUCUCGAUACCCUUUCGAUGUAUCCCCCAAUUGUAUUUGCUGGGGAAGCUAGGAAUCUUGAAGAGAAAUUGGGCGAAGCUGCUCUUGGGAAUGCUUUCUUGUUGCAGGGUGGUGAUUGUGCUGAGAGCUUUAAGGAAUUUAGUGCUAAUAACAUUAGGGACACUUUCAGAGUCAUCUUGCAGAUGGGCGUUGUGCUUAUGUUUGGUGGUCAAAUGCCUGUAAUCAAGGUGGGUAGAAUGGCAGGUCAAUUUGCAAAGCCAAGAUCUGAUCCAUUUGAAGAGAAGGAUGGUGUGAAGCUGCCAAGUUACAGGGGAGACAAUGUGAAUGGCGAUACUUUUGAUGAGAAAUCAAGAAUUCCUGACCCCCAUAGGAUGAUUAGGGCUUAUACUCAGUCUGUAGCUACAUUGAACCUCCUCAGGGCAUUUGCUACUGGAGGUUAUGCUGCCAUGCAGAGGGUUAAUGAGUGGAAUCUUGACUUUACUGAUCGCAGCGAGCAAGGUGACAGGUACCGUGAACUGGCUCACCGAGUUGACGAAACCAUGGGCUUCAUGACUGCUGCUGGGCUUACAGUUGACCACCCAAUCAUGACUACAACAGACUUCUGGACAUCACAUGAGUGCCUUCUCUUGCCUUAUGAACAAGCACUUACUAGAGAGGAUUCAACUUCUGGCCUUUAUUAUGACUGCUCCGCUCAUAUGAUUUGGGUUGGGGAACGAACAAGGCAAUUGGAUGGUGCUCAUGUUGAGUUUCUGAGAGGAAUUGCCAAUCCACUUGGAAUCAAGGUGAGUCAUAAAAUGGAUCCAAAUGAACUAGUCAAGCUUAUUGACAUUCUUAACCCUCAAAAUAGACCAGGAAGGAUUACAGUAAUCGCCAGGAUGGGAGCUGAUAACAUGAGAGUAAAGCUUCCCCAUCUGAUCAGGGCUAUUCGUGGAGCUGGUCAAAUUGUCACUUGGGUCAGUGAUCCUAUGCAUGGAAAUACUACUAAGGCCCCUUGUGGACUCAAAACACGUUCAUUCGACUCUAUUCGGGCUGAGGUUCGAGCAUUCUUUGAUGUACAUGAUCAAGAAGGUAGCUAUCCUGGUGGUGUGCAUCUGGAGAUGACAGGUCAGAAUGUAACAGAGUGUGUUGGAGGUUCUCGGACAAUUACUUACAAUGAUCUGAGCUCGCGCUAUCAUACACAUUGUGACCCAAGACUCAAUGCUUCUCAAGCACUUGAACUUGCCUUUAUUAUUGCGGAGCGCCUCAGGAAAAGAAGACUGGGUCCUAAGUUUGGGUUUUAGAAAACCGAUCUUACUCCCCUUUCACUAGUAUUCGCAGUUUGGCGUCUGUGUGAAGAGGUAUAAGCAUAGUAUGGGAAGAUUCAAUUUUAUAGUAAUAUGACACUCAAAACAUGGAAACUCAGAAAGGCUAUUCUACAGUGUAUGUGUUAAGAUAGGACCUCUUGAUGCUUAAAGUUUGUAUAUAUAAUAAAUAAGAUCUUCGAAGGUAAAGUUUGAUAUAUGGAGUAAUAUUUUGUGGCA